AUGAUCCUGGCUGGCUGUUCGUUGAUUCGGCCCGAAAAUACAUCUCCACCCCUCGCUGCGUUGAGAAGCGGUGUCACAAAAGGCAACCAGAUCGAGGAUGAGACUAUUUGCUUGGGUAAGAGUGAUGAAGAGGAUGACUGUGGCUCGGCUGUUGGACAAGGCGAGGGUGAAGACGGCCGGAAGACUCCCAGGACAAGGGAUGAAAAGGAAAUGGACGAGCUGUCCAAAAGACUACACGAGGUCGAGCUCUUCGAGGGCAAGAAGGGCAAGGGCGCAUUGUGUGUCAGCCUACUGAAACCAGAUUCCACCUUGGCACGAGCAUCUACCCAUGUCAGUUGGGAAGGCUAUCCUCAAGAGCAAACCUGGCGGAUACAUAAGAUUGAGAGGAAGACGGUUAUCGGCGUGCCUCAUGGAUCUUUCGAACUAUAUCACAGAAAGAAGUUCACACAAAAACGGCAAGUGAAACACGAAAUGGACAUGUACCCGGAUGAAUAUUUUGUCUUCUUCGACAUCGAAAGCGAUCCCCAGCUUUGGUCUGGAAUGCUCGUCUCAUACAACGACUUACCUGCCCUCCCCGGCAGCAAGAUCCUGCGUCGUUUGGAUGAGCUGUAUCGGGAAACCAGCCAAGUCGGCUGGAAUCCCUGGCAUGACAUGGCCGACCUCAGGGAAUCCACGGGCGAGCUGACAGCGAUGGCACUUGCUGGGACAAAAUUCGUCCAACCCCAACCGACGGCACAUCUCGUCGUCGACCUAUAUAGCCUCCUGAACAGACGCCAGUGUAUUGUGAUUUGGAACUUUUUCCGCCAGAUGGUCAUCAACAGGGAACUGGCACGCCGUCUGGCUUCGUAUGAUGUAGACGGGCCAGUCAUGGGCUUCACCACCAAGAUCCUCGCUUCCCUCAUCAUUGCCGAUCGAUGGUUCCAGAAUGUGCAGAUCCGGCUAGCGGACAUGGGCGUCGAUCCCUUGAGUAUCCCAAAGACUGUCUCGUCUCUUCAGAAGGACAAGGCCGAGAACUUUAAGAGACAAGGGAACGAGGCCACAAGGAAGAAACAGCACCAGCUGGCCUUGGAUCUGUACACCGAAGCUAUCAAGGUCAAUCUUGGUAAUGCUGUCUACCGCAACAACCGCUCCGGAGCCCUCUACGAUUUGGGACGGUACCCGGAAGCCUUGGACGACGCGCUCGUCGCCACGAAGCUCGAUCCGACAUAUGCAAAAGCGUGGGCGCGCCUCGGACUAGCGCAUCUGCGGCUCGGCCGGGCGAAAAGGGCAAAGGAGGCUUUACAACGUGCCAUCGAGCUCGCAGGGCGGAACGCCACCGACGCAAUGCGCAAAGCAGCCAUGUAG